UCCUUCCCCCCUCUAAAAUAGAGGAAACUGAGAAGGUCAGGUUAUCUCUCUCUCUAUACAAUGGCAGCAAGAGAGGAGGCCAUGGAAGAAGCGGUAGGCAUCAGAAGAGUGAUGAGGCGAUCGGUCUACACGUUCCUGCAAAACUACUCGUCCAUUGCGUGUGUGGCAGCCAUCCUUGCACUCCCGGCCUCGGCCUCAAUCCUCCUUUCUAACACUCUCUCAUUCUCUAUUCUCCCUGCCAUUCUGUCUCGCAUCCGCUCCCUCUCCCUUGCUACCGGCCUUCCAGAAACACGCCUGGCCUCUCUCAUCCAGCUCAAGCUCUCUCAAACGCUCUCUUCCUCUCUCCUCUCUCUCCCCUUCUCUCUCUCCUUCCUCCUCCUCGCAAAGGCCUACCUCUUCCGAACCACUUUCUCUGUCUCCAAACGAAGCACCAGCUCCCUCCUCUCCAUAUGGACCCGGCUCCUCAUCACCCACCUCUCCACCUCUCUCUUCAUCCUCACGGUCAACGCCACCCUCUUCUCCCUCCUCUCCAUCUCUAUCCUCUCUCUAGAUAUUCUUGACUUCUCCUCCCUGCCCCCCAAUUGCUCUCACUUCCUUUCAGUCGCCGCCGCUAUCCUUUACUCCAUAAUCCUCACCAACACUAUUGUGGUCUGCAACUUGGCCACGGUGGUGAGCGGUUUAGAGAAUUUCAGUGCAUUUCUCGCCAUUUUGAAGGCCUAUAUCUUGAUACAGGGGAGAACGGCAACCGCUCUUUUAAUCACUUUGUGCACUAAUCUCAGCUUGGCCGGAGUUGAGGCCCUGUUUCAGUACAGGGUGGUCGGAGCUUCUUAUUAUUUCUCGGCUUCUUCUUAUUAUUAUUUUGAGAUGAAUGCUCUGUGGGAGGGGCCACUUCUCAUCUAUAUAUACUCCAUUAUCACAAUGCUUGAUCUGGUGAUGUGGUGCGUAUUCUAUAAGAGCUGCAAGUCUAUUUCUCUCUCUGAGAACCAGAGGAUUUAUCAGUUUCAAAUGAGAAUAUUGGAUGAUGAUGAUGGUGCGAGGUCCAAGCUCUUAGAAGAAGGGGAGGAAGUAUAAUUCAUGGCGGGUUUGAGCCCAUCUUCUAUUGCUGAUUAUACAACUCCCUUGUCUAGUUGUGAUCAUCUGUAAAUUCAGAUUCGUUGCAUCUCUCUCUCUCUCUCUCUCUCUCUCUCUCUCUCAUGGAGCUUUUGCCUGAAAAUUGAGGUGCCCCAACAAGGGGAAGCUGGUUCGAUAUGGAGAUUUUUUUGUCUACAAGAACACAAAAAACAAAACAUCAGAAAAAAAUAAACAUCAUUUGGUGACCUGCUGACGGAAAAGCAAUCAUCAAUGCCAUUGGAGUUUUGUUUUCUUCUAUUUCACAAGUAUGAAGAAAAAUACUCCUCAUUGCAAAGAAGAUUUUCCUUUGUCUGUGCUUUGGUUAUGUUAAUCUUGUAUCAUUUCCUUAUCCCCAAAAAGACCCUUUGGAGCAUGCAUAUAAUGAUAGAGCAUCUGUUUUCUUCCCAGUUCAAAAAUUACAAUCAGUUUGCUCUCUCCUAAUAAACAAAUAAGUUUACCAUAAUCCAAAGGUGUAUGAUAUUUGGUACUCCAAAAGGUUCUCCACUAAGAUCAGUAUAGCUUAAAUGUGUUCCCUUAGAAGGAUCAAUUUCCACCAUCCAUCAACAGGAAUGGGUGAUGCAUGGCCUUUGGACUACGGAACACCAUA